AUGGCCUUUUCUGCCGCCUCAUCUAUAGUUUCGUACGGUGGAGCAGCCAAUUCGCACUUCUUCACAACACCUCUCCCACCAUUUUUAGAGGGAUUUCAUAGAUCGCCGUUUUAUACAAAUCAGAUCAAUACAUGUGCACCGUACAGAGUCGAACGCAUUCGGAAACAGCUGGCAGGUGAAGAGGAGCAAGGACUGUCGCCCGCUCAUGAACCCCGUCGAGGUGCUCUAUUCUGUCGAUCUGGCACAUGGUUGGAAUUACUACCCUACGAGGACGAAGAAGAUGGUUCAACAAAAGUAAAAGUGCACGGAACGAAAGAAGAAAACUCAAAAUACAGUAUAGUUGAGUUCAUAUCCGUUGCAAUCAGUCUGAUAUCAAUUCGAGGGGUGGAGACAAAGAAUUUUGUUUGUAUGGAUCCAUCUGGAAAAUUAUAUGCAACACCGUCAUCGAAUUUCUCAACGGAAUGUGUGUUUUUGGAGGAAAUGAUGGAGAAUUAUUACAAUUUAUAUGCCAGUUGUUUGUAUGGAGAUAAGGAAGAGAAUCCGUGGUAUUUGGAAUUUCGAAGGAGUGGAAAACCCAGAAAAGGACCGAACACUAAGAAGCGACGGAAAGCCAGUCAUUUCCUGGUUGUUCAUCAUGAAACUGAUCGAUUGAAGCAUGGAGUUCCGAAUGGGAAUGACGUCACCAAUUUGGUUGGAGCAACCAUGUACCACCGGCCGCCCAGCCAUCCACUUUUCCGACCACAAGUCACGAAGCCACCGAACCCACAUCGUAUUUCGAAAGCCCGUCGCCAAGAACUGAAACGCCUGCGCGCCGAGGAGCACCUCUUGAAUCUCGAACGUCAACGGCUACGUGAAGAAGCAGCAGCGGCGGCGGCACGAGCCGAAGUAGUAGCAGCAAUGACGACUCCAACUCCAUAUCAAUAUCAAACCUAUCGACCACCUCAACAAAGACCUCAAUAUCCUCAAUAUCCAACAUCUUCUAGAGGAUACGGUGGAAAUCCUCCAGCCGCUCCAGCUCCUGCUUCGCCUCCUCGUCCUGCCUAUAAUCCAUAUUAUCAGUCUCCUUCUACAACUACUCCAGUUCCGAUUCAUCAUUCCCAUCACCAUCACCACCAUCAUCCUCAAAAUCACAAUUCUCAACAGCCCCAAUACCAUCAGACCCAACAAAACCAACGAGUAGCAGUGCAUUCGUAUUCUCCACCAUCUUCAUCUGGCUCCGCCCCCUACUACCCAACUGCCGCUCAGAUUGCUCAGCUUCCUCCAGAUGAUCCACGACGACAGUACUACCAACAGCAGCUACAGUAUCAGCAGCAACAACAACAGUAUCCCCGUCAACAACAAUCACAGCUACAGUACCCCAGUAUCGCUCAGACAGUGUCAAAUCCCAACCGUCAGAAUGUCAAUUAUCAACGAUACCCGUGA